AUGAACAAAUUACCAAGAGUCUUUGUUUCCAACAUUCCUUUCACCACUCAAUGGCAAGCUCUCAAGAACCACUUCUCUCAAGUUGGUGCCGUUAAAUUCGUUAAACUCUUUGAAGACCGUGAAACCAAGAAGCCAAGAGGUACUGGUGUUGUUACUUUUGAAAGCGCAGAGUCUGUUCAAAAGGCUAUUGAAACCUUGAACGGAAGUGAACUUGAAGGAAGAAAUAUUGUAGUCAGAGAAUAUAUUGAGAGAGAGCCAAAGUCUUUUACCUCUGAACAAGAGUAA